UCACAGAGUAGAGAGUUUCCUUUGCUCGGGGCUCCUGUGAUUUUUGUGCCCCAACACUGUCCAAUGUGGUACUUUUUUGGUGCAUCUGUUUGUGAUUUAAUUUGCUGCGGGGCAAAGUUGCACUGGUUUCCAGGGGCUACAGUUACAAUAAAAAAGAGUUGCAUUGUUGAGAGGGGACGUUUCCACCUGAUCUAUGUACUUCUCCUCACUUAGUAAACAAGCCCCAAGUGUUUUGUAUUGUCGCAGGUUAGGGCCACAGUCGCCUUCUCAUUGGCACCCGGAUUCCUCUUUGCAGUCGGUUGUUGCAUUGCUGCAAUUUCUCAGAUGCCUGAGGACAGGAGGGUAGGGCCGAGAGCAGGUUGAGCAGGGAGCAGGGAGUAGGGCAGCGAGACUCCCAGUCACUCACUCACUCACUGCCCUGAGGGAUUGUCUCUCCUAUUGGUAAAUACUUUCAUUCCACAACUCCCCGCCUCCCUGCACUGCAACUCUCAGCAGCAGUCACUCCAGCAGCAGAACCCCACUGAGCUGGGAUCUCCCAGUAGCCUGCAUGGCCACCAUUUAAUCAGCAGAAAAUUAACUAAUUAGCCCGACUGUGUGAAGGGGUUUAAUUACCAGCUGAGCUGAGAGGCGCAUCCUGCAGGGGAACCACUGAGAGGAGCAGCAGUGAUGAUGUUCCAUACAUGGCCUUGGGCUGAAUGACCCAUCAGCAGAGGAGACAGAGGCUGCACUCAGAAGCAUGGAGCAGGACAAAGCUUCAUAAAGUUCCAUCAACUCCAGAUAUUGUCCAAAACAUGCUUUCCCUGUCCUAGUCCAUCACCCCCAGUCCUAACUCUCCCCCCUCUCACUCACAGAAAGUGAACACUGCCGGCUGCAAAGAAUCAGCAAAAAUUACUGCCCUCUGAUUGGCCCACAUACUUUUUUUUUUUUGUCUGAUAUUGAUUUUGAAUCUCAAAAUGAUUGAUCUCAGCUUUUUAACAGAAGCAGAACAAGAGGCCAUCCUGCGUGUGCUUAACAGAGAUGCUGAGCUCAAGAAAGCCGAGGAGGAACGUGUCCGGAACCUCUAUGAUGUUGUCGAUGAUGAUCAGGAACUAAAAUACAAAAGCGGUCAAUGGUUUUAUGAAGCGAAGUCAAAGAGGCACAGAGAUAAGAUCCAUGGAGCGGAUUUGGUCAGAGCAUCGAUGAGAAAAAGGAAAGCGCCAUCAGCAACUCUAGCUGAAUUAAGUAGAAACUAUAAGGAAAACUCCUCUAAGAAGAGCUGGGCCAGCAGUGUCAACAAGGAUGUUUUUAUUCCUCCAGAGCUUUAUGGAGUCAUGGAAGACCCAGAAGAGGAGAAAAGUGGCUUUGUGCCAGUGAAGAUUGAGCCCACACAAAGUUCCAAAAGAGUGAGCUUCUUAUCCACUGACAAAAACAUGGAGAGUCCAAAGAAUGGGAAUGUAUCGCCAUCAAGGCAAAGACGAAAUCCCUUUAACUCUACAAAUGAAGGAGAAGAAGACACAGAACUUGGAAAGGACACACAAUAUCAAGUACCUGUAAAUGGCACAGAAAGUGGAGACCAGGAGUCCUACCCAGAUGUCUUGCCCUCAAGAGUAAAAUUUGGUGUGAAGUUGCCAUACCCGGCACCAGGAGAAACCGUCCGGCUUUCAUCAAGCUCUCCCAAUUCCUCUUUAACCAAUGGUGGACAGGUUCCAAUACCGAAGCCUAGAACAAUUCCACUGAAGAAGACAGAUUCUCUAGAGCGGUCUGCUUCCGACCUCAAAAGGGAGGAUUCCAGCGGUAGUACCGGGAAACCCAAAAGUAUUUUAAAACGCAGGUCCAGUUCGAGCUCCACAGAUUCUGAAUCUAUAAGAAUGACCCAGAAAGCCGAUAUAAACAAAAUGAGCUUGUCCACUCCCAUUUUGCAAGUGGGAAAAAACAACAUUUCUGCAGAACCUGUUGAUGAGUCCCCAGAAAAUUCAUUGGAUAGACUUAAACAGGUGCGGUUCUCUGCAAAUGUUCACCAAAACCCUCCUUCCCCGGGCCCAGAGGCAGUCCAUGGCAAAGAAAUUGGUGAAUUUGGAAUUCUAGACCCGGGUUUAUCUCAAGCCCAGUUGGUAAAUCCAGUUCAUGCAUCUUCUGAAGAUUCUGUGUCGGUCCAGAGUCCUUCCUCUGGUCUGGUUCUUGACAUCUUAACAAAGACCAUUUAUCGGAAGAGCUCAGUGGAAAUCCCAGGCUUGAAUGGUUCUUCAGAGGAAGGUCCUAGUUUAAGUGCAAAUUCUGCUAGCCUCAACAACAUCACUGAAGAUUCAUUUGUACAAGAAACCCAACCUAAAGUCAGUCUUCCAUUGGAGGCAAAUGUCUCUUCGGAUAAUGAUCCUCAUUAUGCAGUGGUGAAGAAACCAACAGAAUCGUUAUCUUCUGGCCUUUCCCAAGACUUUGAUAUGGAAGAUGCCCAUAAGGAGCCAAGAUUCCUUGGCCAAGGAUGGAAGACACAAAACAGUGACGGAGGAGGCCAAAAUCUGGUGUUUGGGACAAGCAGUGGUGGCAGUGGAAAAAUAAACUUUGAAACAAAUAAUCUUUCUGAUAUACCCCAGCUAGAAAAUGUCUCAAGCUCUGAGGGUACUUUAAAUGAGGAAAAUGAAGGAGCUUUCCUUGAUGCUGAAGAUAAUGUCAUACCUGACAUGGAAAGUGAACCCACUGAUGAGCCCAUUGAUUAUUUUCCUGCAUGGAGAAGACCUUCCAUCAUAACCAAAGAAACCUUAAGGCAGCCUAUUACCGACAAUUUAAGGAAAGAGCAAACCGAUGCACAACAAGCUGGACUCAAAUUCCGCCAACCUUCACAAGAUAGCGCAAUUCAGUCUGACUCUGCAUACUCUUCUGAAGACCUUAAGGGGGAGAGCAGGUAUACACCUUUUAGCAGUAGAAACGUACAAAGAGUUGAAGAGAAACCCGAUGAACCAACGACCAACUUGUUUUCUGAAAGUAAACCGUAUGCAAUUCAGAGCAAUACAGACAAAGCAAAUGUCAGAUUUUUAGACCCAAAUCUAGAAGUAACCAGUUUACCCAUACCUUCAAAAUUUGAAACCAUGUAUUUUAGAGAGAGACUUAGUGAUGGCCCUAAGGAGCAAAUGCUUAAUCAAGAACAAAAAGUAUUAAGAAAUACAGCGGUACAGAACAACCUUAUACAUGAUACAGAUGUACCCUCAAGUACACUUCUUAAAGACGCAGUGUACAGCAAGAAACCCUUACAUGUUGAUAAUCUGUUCAGAAGUUCAAGUGAGGUUACUCCAAAUACUCUUCUACCACAGAACAACUAUGAGAUUCUUUCUGAGGAAGAGUUAACAUCACAGAAAGUAGCUUCAUGGCUAGCUCAGACCCCUUCCAUACAUGGUGAGGAGCAGAUAGAUUUGAAUGAAGAACAAAUGUAUCCAGGGGAGGGGCAGAUGUAUCCCACUGAAGAACAAGUCUAUGCAAAAGAGGAACCAGAAUCUCCAAAUGAAGUUGUUGAGGAAAGUGUUGAAAGGUCUAUGGUUAAUCAAAAGUCAGGUGCUGAGGAGUUUAAGAUAGCACUACAGAAACUUAAAGAGGAGAUGUUGCAGGUUCCUCAUAUUACCAAAAUGGAAAAUUCCCCUGAUAAGGGCAACGUGAAAGCCCCUGAACCAUUCCAUUAUGCUGUUGACAAAGAUCUGGAGAGGGAACCUACUGCUUAUAAGUCUCUGCCAAACAGCAGCUUCUUUCAACGUGUUAUGCAGAUCUCUGACAGUAUAAAUGAGACGGCGUCCGCUUCUCCAGAUGAAAGACAAAUGAUUAAGAAGCAAACGUCUCAGUCAUCAGAGACAAAUAACCAGACCAACCUUGAUUUAAAGGAGGAGGAAGUUAUUCAUGAUCUUUCACCACUGCCUGUUAGAGCUGAAAUGGAUUAUGCUACUCCAUAUGAUAAACAUUACAUUGAAGAAAUAAACUCCUCCAAUUCUGAGGUACAUGAAGGGGAAGUUGUUCAGGAAAAGGUUGCAGCAGUAAAGGAUGCCUUUAAAAUUUCUUUGGAAAAACUUGAAGAGGAGUAUAAUGCUGCCCUUGCCAAUGAAGCCCAAAUGAUUCCAAGCUCUGAAGAAGGUGGUGAAGAAGGCCAAGUGCAGGAAUCUCCUUCCCCCGCCAUUGAACAGAGUGAAGAAGAAGUGGUGCCUGAAAAAGUUCCAGUGGUAAAGGAUGCCUUUAAGGUUGCCAUGGAAAGACUUGCAGAAGAGUAUGAAUCUGCUAAGGCCAGUGAUGCCCAGAUCAUUCCAAGCUCUAAAACAGUUGAUGAAGGCUGUUCAUUAAAUGAAUCGCCUUCACCCACCAUUGACCAGAGCAAGGUAUAUGCAAAUGAGGUGCAAGAAGUUGUAGAAAAGGUUACAGUCCCUGCUAAGUCAGGCCAGGAUGAAUUCACUGCUGCGCUUAACAAGCUUCAAACUGAAGCAUCAGAACCAGCUUACCCAACUGAGACAUCUGAGCCCACUAACACUAAUUAUAGCCACUUUAAUACAGAAAUUUCCAGAGUUCAUGAAAACAAACCAGAUGAAUCUCCUUCACCCACCAUUGACCAGAGCAACGAAUAUGCAAAUGAGGUUCAAGAAGUUGUAGAAAAGUUUACAGUCCCUGCUAAGUCCGGCCAGGAUGAAUUCACUGCUGCUCUUCAUAAGCUUCAAACUGAAGCAUCAGAACCAGCUUACACGACCGAGCCCACUAACAUAAAUUAUAUUCACUUUAAUACAGAAAUUCCCAGAGAUCAUGAAAACAAACCAGAUGAAGUUCAGACCAAUGUGUAUUCUCCAGUUACUCAAAGUAGACCCUAUGAGACUGUAGAAAAUAAAGACUCUUUAAAUGUGAGAUUUACAAGUCCGGAUAAAGGCAGAGUAGAAUUACCACAUUCUGCAAAUUUCAAGGUUAUGACAUUAAAAGAAAGGAUUAGUGAUGGCAACCAAGAAAAAAUAUCCAAUCCAGCACAGUUUCAGAGUUUAAGAAAGUUCUGGAAUACAGAAGACAAAAGCCCUGAAGAACUUAAUGCAAACUCCAAACGUGAUUCCAGGUUAAACACUAAGGACAAUUUUAGGGCCGAGAAUGAGGGAAGUCUGAGUGACUCAUCUUCUACAAAAACUGGAAGUACUUUAAAUGACCUGCAACAGAAGGAUGAGAAUGCCUUCAAGAACAUGUUAUCAAAGGAACCUUCUGUUUCUGUGGAUGGAGCAAGUGCUGUUGUUGAAAAGGAUAUUACUGAAAAUAAGGACAAAAAAGAUCACCAUUUACUAAAGCUUUUGAGUGAAGAAGCUGCUUCUAUGGAUAUCAAUCAACAUACCGAAGAAGAAGAAGAGAUUGGAGCUAGGGAAUGGAAUUGGGAAGAUUUGGAAGGCCAAGAGGCUGAUAAUCCUAAAUAUAUUUCUGACAUGCCAAGCAGGGAUGUGGUUAUUUCUAAAAAGGUCUACUCCGAUAUCGAAUCCCUACCAUCCUAUAAGAAUAAAGAGAAGAAAAACAUGGAACCUUUAAAUGAACCACAGGAACAGGGAUCCAUCAUAGAAAGAAAGCCUCAGGACCUUUACUUUGCUGCUCGUUACGAAGUCCUGGAUAAAAAUUCUGGCUCAGAUCAAUCUGGCUCUAUAAAGGGAAACUCAGGCAAUUUAUUAAAUAAGAAGCCAGAAAUUGAAUCACCUGAUGUUUCAAAACCUAACUCCAUAGAACCAAAGCAAGGUAAGCCAAUAGGCAGCCCAGGGAAUCCAGAUCCAUUGAACCCUGACAAACAUGCUAUCGAGAUCAUGAAAGCACAGGAUGAAUCAAUAACAAAAGUUCUAGAUUGGUUAAGUAAAAGUUCUGAAUCAGGUGACCGUGAACCAACUUUGUUGGAAAGUAAACCGGUCAACAACGAAAAGCUUGUACCCAUUCAUAAAUGUGAAGAGGAAGUUGACCGUACAAGAGGUGAGGGAAAUGUUGAAUUGACCACCUUGGGAAAUCUCGAAGACUUUCAACAAGUAGAAGACUGUAUUCAGAAUUCAACUGAAGGAACUACAAAACCACUGGUAUUUGGAAUAAGCAAAGGCGGUAUUGGUAAAAUCCAAAACCUUGUUAAUUUUGCAGAAUAUUUAGAGAGCCCACAGAAAGAAGAAGCUAUGUCUCCUGCAAGUCUUUCAUCUCCAGUUCAAAAAGAGACUUUUUAUAUUGAUGAUAAAGCAGUACAACAAACCUUAGUGCCAGAGAACUUUAAGCCUAUUCUUAUUCAGGGCCAAGCCAGUGCAGAUGAACAGUCACAAUUUUUGGAUAAGAAUAGUACAGGAAAGUUAGAAAAUUUUGAACCACUAUCACCUAUUUACUCUGGCUUACAAGAAACAUUCAAGGAUUUUCGUGUUUCUAGUUCAAAAGUAGCAGAACCACUAUUGUUUGGCUAUUCCAAAGGUGGCAUUGGUAAAAUGCAAUGUCCAGUAGUUAAUGAAUUAGGUGAAAUAGGCAAUAUUCAGAAUGUAGAGAAUACUGACUCUACUAAUAUAGAAAAUCAAGUAACCUCAAUUGUGGCUGAACAAACUAAAAAUAAAAUUCCAGAAAACGUUCUAACAAAAGGUUCUGGUCCCAUUCUUCAGGAACAGCUCGUAUCAGAGAAUAUGUCAGAGCCAAGCUCCUACCAGAGUGAAACUGACAAUAAUUCUCAUAAACCAGGUCCUAAGAUAAAUGACUUCUGGACACAAGUUAGUGCCAAAUAUGUUCCUGAAACUAUAAAGGCUGUUCACAUUUAUAGGCAGAAUUCAAAUGAAGCCACUGGAGAGUCACUUCAUCUUGGGGAAGGAAAAAAGAAGCCAUCCAUUGAAUUUGGUGAAAAGAAAGUGGAAGAACUUCCACAAGAUGCUGAAGAUACUGGCAACCAGGUAGAUGACAUUACACUAGCUAAUUCCCAAGGUGAAUCAGUUCAAGACUCUGGGUCAAAGAUAAGUAAUUUUGAUCAUAAGAGCAUAAAUGAGGUUAAGCUUUUCUGGGAAAAAGAAGAAAAGGAAACAAAUGGCCAAUCUGAAAUUAAAAGACCUGUGUUAAAAGAUGUUGAGGUCCUGGGGAGUCAAAUUCAUGUGAAAGAAAGUAUAGCAGCUUUUAGUCAGAAAAGUAGUUCAUUUGAAAAUGAUGAAGGCAACUCGGGCUUAGUACCCUUUAAAAAGGUAAUACUGGAUGAAGAACCCUUACCAAGCAUUGAUCAGCUGAAGACAUUCUGGGAACAGGAAAGGAAGAAACUUGAAAACUUAGAGAGCAAGCCAAGAAAUGAGGCAAUAGAAAGCGAAACAGGCCAAAGUGAAAUUAAAACCACUUUUGCUACACCCCCACUGAAUUUUGAUAAAAUGGAGAAACGAAAGAAGUGUAGAAAGAGACAUACCUUCCACUGCUUUUUUGAGAGUGAUCUGGAUUCCGCCCCAAAGCAGGACCACUUGGCUAGAGGUCUUUCAUUGAACGAUGGUGCAAAUGGCAUAGACAAAAAGUAUAGUUCUGAAGCUUUUCAAAGUUUAAGAAGCUUCUGGGAUGCAGGGAAAAACACUCAGGAGGACCAUAAUAUGCACCCACCAAUUGGAACAAACCUAGAACCACCAAAUAUCCAGGUUGCUCCAAGUAAUGACCUACAGAAUGGGCCAGACUCCAUGGCUUUUCAAGAUAAAAGUGGGCAAGUUUCUAAUCUCCCAGAUGAACAGUCAUCUCUACCUUGUCAAAUGGACUCAAAUAAAACCGUUAGUAUUUUAAACCAAUCUCAAGCAGAGAUAGGCAUGGAGUAUCCAAAUAUCCAAACAAAUUAUUCACAUGAACCUGUUUCAGAAACCAUUGUGAAAACUGUAGCUCCAUCUAAAGUUGAGUUCCUCUUCAAUGAAAGAUUACAGAAACUACAGACAGAGAUCGCUGAAGGAAAUCUUGAAGUGCAUCCCACUUGUGAUAGUAUUCCUCAGGAAAGCAUAACGUCUGAUCACUUUCCACAAGAUGCAAAAAUUAUUGAAAUGAGGAAUCCGGAUACUGAGAUCCAAAAACGGAGUGAAAAUCUUGUUCAGGACAGGUUUAAGAAUAGUCCAUUAAAUGUUUUUGAAGAAUCUGAUAACAUGUCCAAUAUGCCCACAUCUGAAAUCUUUACUUCCACAAAAGAACAAAUUGAGGAAGGCAUAAAAAGCCCUACAGGUUUACCUAACUCCGAAUAUUCAGAAACGAUGCAUGGAACAAACACACAGAUGUUUAUACCAAAUAAUAAAACUGGAUAUGAAGAGGAUAGCACUACUAUACUGGAAACUGAUACGGCAAAUAAUACAUCUCUGAAGGAAGAUACAAGUUACCAGACUGAAUGUUCAGCACCAGCUUCUGAGGAAAGCGCUUAUGCCACCCAGGAGGAGUUUCUAUCUUCUUCUGAAAGGGUUCCUCCAGAAGGAAAGUCAUUUGAUAAUGAGUUGGAGAAUAGCAGCAAUGAUCUGGAGAAAUUUAAUGAGAAAGAUCCUCCUCAAGAAGUAUAUGAGGAUGUAGAACAAACCUUUCUGAAAAGAUCUCAUGACUUGAAAACUAGUUUAGAAAAACUAGCCAGAGAGUCUCUAUCACCUGCUGAGGGACAGUUGUUUCCUUCAAGUGAUAAAGAAACUGUUUCAUCUGUAUCUUCUCAGCCUUUGGUGCCACUUAAUUUUAAGGACAGUGUUCAAGGAAACCUUUCCAUGCCAGAAAAGCAGAGUAAAAAGGAAAUUAUAGAGAAGAUAGAAAAUCCAGUCAUUCGAUCGAGACCUGCCUAUACUAAUUUUGAUGCUGGACUGGCAAAGUUGUACAGAGAGUCACUUGAUCUAGACACCUCAGCCUUGGAUGCUUCGGCUGAAAAUCCAGACAAAGUGGAAAACAACGUGCAAAUUCCUAAUGAAUUUUUUCACACGAGUUUGUCUGCCCAGAAUGCUCCUUUUAUAAAUGAUCCAGAACUACACGACUCCGAUCAGGCAACCCCAGAGGAAAGCAUUUCUUCUGAUUCUAUGUAUAGUGAUGCCUUGGCAGAGGUAGUAGACAGUGUCAAGAGAACGACCAUACAAAGUAGGGCAUGGUUUGAGAACGAUUUACAAACAUCUCAAGAAGUAGCAAGUGAUGCUGAAGAUCUAAUAGGAGGUAGCCACUCAAAGCCCUUUAUUCAGACUGCCUCUAUCACGCUCCGACUCAAUAGAUACAAUAAGAAUAUGAAUGUGCAAGAAGUCUAUGCUGAUAGUUCUACCAAAGGUGAGCCCGAGUUUUCAGAGUCCCAAGAGAAAGCCAGCACUGCUGGGGAUGAUCAUAGAGAAGUGCAUGCAGAUGAUGACACAGUUGAUCAGGUCGUUAAGCAGAGUACACCCGUUAAAGAAAGAAACAGCUUAUUGAGGAGGAGCACCUUGCAACUGUAUCUCGAAGCACCCUAUCGAAGAGACCUUUCUAAAAGUAUUGAUUUUGAGCUCACCGGAAACCUUAGCAACGAGGCGGACCAUCCAAAAUACCAAGACAACGGUAUUAUUCCAAAGGAGGAUAAGGACCCUAUGUAUGAAGAGGUCCGUGUAGAUGAACAUGUGCCGGAGAGAAGUAAUUUUUCUGAUCCGGAGAAAUUAAAGCGACUGAGCCAAUCGGUGCCGUCCUUCCUCAAUGACGAUACUGAUGGCAGAGAGACAGAUUCAGCAUCAGAAAACAGUUUUCAGCUUGGCAGACACAAGAAGAGCCCCAGUUCUCUAACCAAUCUAAGCGGCUCCUCUGGCAUGGCCUCCUUAUCUUCUGUGAGUGGAAGUGUCAUGAGCAUCUACAGUGGAGAUUUUGGCAAUGUGGACAUUAAGGGCAACAUCCAAGUUGCUUUAGAUUAUGCUGAUAACCUGCAGGAGUUUCAAGUCUUUGUUAGCCAGUGCAAAGAUCUGGCCGCGGCUGAUGUUAAGAAACAGAGAUCGGACCCGUAUGUGAAAUCCUAUCUACUUCCAGAAAAGGCAAAAAUGGGAAAGAGAAAAACAGGAGUCAAGAAGAAGACCUUAAAUCCUGUGUAUAAUGAUGUUCUAAGGUAUAAAAUCACCAAGAAUGCUCUCUUGAGCCAAACGCUAAACCUGUCGGUCUGGCACUAUGAUGUCCUUGGACGCAACAGUUUUCUAGGAGAAGUGGACGUGAACUUGGCAUCUUGGGACUGGAGUAAUAAGCAGAUGAACUGGUAUCCGCUGCAGCCUCGUACACCCGCUGCUGGAAUUGGGUUGGAAAACAGAGGAGAGAUGAAAUUAGCUCUGAAGUAUGUUCCGGAAGCCUUCUCAGGAGCUAAGAAUGCUGGCACUGGAGAGGUGCACAUAUGGUUGAAAGAAUGCAGUAAUCUCCCCAUGCUUAGAGGGAACAAAAUAAACUCCUUUAUCAAAUGUACGAUCCUUCCGGAUACAAGCAGAAAAAGCCGCCAGAAAACACGGGCGGUAGACAAGACCCCGAAUCCUUAUUUUAACCACACCAUGGUUUAUGAUGGGUUCAGGAAAGAAGAUCUACAUGAGGCUUGUGUGGAACUUACAGUCUGGGAUCACAACAAACUGACCAAUCACUUUUUGGGCGGCUUACGGAUAGGCUUUGGAACAGGUAAGAGCUAUGGAACUGCAGUGGACUGGAUGGACUCGAAUGCAGCCGAAGCCACGACGUGGGAGAAAAUGAUCAGCUCCUCUGAUACAUGGGUGGAAGCCAUAUUGCCGCUCAGGAUGUUUAAGAUGGCCAAAAUGGCCAAAUAAAUAGGCAGAAGCUUCUCUUUCUUUUCCAGGUGUUCAUAGGCUAUAGCAGUACUAUUAUCUCUAAUUUACCCAAUAUCGAAAAUAUUUUGCCUUUUUGAAGAGAAACGCAUUGAAUCUUAAGAGCAGUGCCAACUGGUGGUAUAUUGCUGCUCUACAGGGACCUCUGAUAAGCCACUUUCUUUCAAGCGUUUUAUGUAUUUGUGACUGGAUUCCAAGUGUUCUUGUAUUCACUAUGUUUGUCAAAGGGGAAAUAGGCUAAUUAGAAAAAAUUUUUUUUAAAUGUAUAUACUAUCUAAGGUGACUUUUUCUCCCCAAAAACCCAAACCACGCUGCUAUCAUUAUAAUGUUCUGACAUUUUAUCAUGGUUCUGGUUCUGCACACUCCUCUCAAGAACAGAAACCCAAACAAAAGUGGACUCUCCUGCUGCCUGAUGGUCUUGCCAAGUGUUAGAGCCCACGGACAUAAAAUAAAUAAAUUAAAAAGUAUAUAAAAUGGAACAUAUGAAUCGGGUACGAAUACUGUCCAUGGUUUUCAUAUUGGCACGACAGGGCCACUCGCUGUCGCUCAUGCUGAGUGGUUGAGAACAAUUUUAAUUUGCACGGAUUUGAAAUGCAAAAUGAAACCUUUUCACUAAAUACAGAUCCUUAUGUAUAAUCGACCCACGGGCGCUGUAUAAAGAUAAAUGUUAAUAAGGUUUAAAUCAUUUUAGAAUAAAAUGUAAAUAUUUGUUAAUUAUCUAAAUAAAUUGAUUACUUCUACAAA